CUCCUGCCGCCUCCUUUGCAGUCCAGAGCUGUCUGGAUCGCUCCAUCGCUCGCUGCGGCCUAAGAUCAUCUUCGCGGGGUGGUUUAUUCUGGGUGCAGUGAGACAUUGCUGUGAUUCGGGGGCUCUUGGUGACCAGGCAGCAGCUGGAUGUGAGCGAGUGUUCGCCGGGCUAGGGAGAGCCCUGCUUCGGCUAAGUAGGAGUGGAGAACAAUUGCGGGAUAUUGUCCCUGGCCUGUCUGUGCAUCGUUCGUGAGGUUUUUUUGAUUAGGUUUCCUUACAGUGCAAAAUGAGUGUGCAGCUGUGUAUGUCUCAUUAUUAAUAACACAUAAUAAACCCAGCGCUGCUGAGUGGGUGUGUGUGCGCAGCUCACGGUCAGAGUAAAUAUUAUGGGGAAAUUCACACUAACUGAAAUAUUUCAGUUGCAUUGUUCAGUCUCUGAACAUGGCAUAGUACAUCCAUUUGAUGAGUACAGAGGUGAUGAACUAGCAUACAUUCUUUUAUUUAAUCCCCAGCUCCCUAAGUAUGAUAGUGAGCAAAUGUGCAAAGAUUUAAUGGUUACUAUUCUUCUAGAGCAGCACUCUUACAACUACGUGUUUUGCCUCUGACUUCUUGUAAAGCUGAUGUUUUCUAUUUGGUUGUCUUUUAUUUAUGCAGAUGACCAUGUUGAUCUGUCUCUUCAGAUGGGUCUGAGAUGUAUCCUUCAAGAUUACAACAGGAAAAGACAACUGAAAUCCAGCAGUACCUUGCCUGUCUCUCUGACUGAAAUGAAAAGCAACAUGUUCACUGUGAAGAGACCUUUCAGCACUUCACACUCAUCAGUGGAUUCAAAGGAAAUGAAAAAAUUCCAGCUCCUUGCACAUAAGUGGUGGGAUGAAGAAGGAGAAUAUGCAGCCCUUCAUUCUAUGAAUGACAUUAGAGUGCCAUUUAUUAGAGAUACUCUGUUGAGCAUGAGUAGUAAUUAUCAUCUGGGAAAUCCACUUUCUGGAAUCAAGAUUCUUGACGUGGGCUGCGGUGGAGGACUGCUGAGUGAGCCUUUAGGUAGACUGGGAGCUUCAGUUACUGGAAUUGAUCCUGUGGAGGACAACAUUAGAACAGCAGAUCAGCACAAGUCAUUUGAUCCAGUCCUGGCCAAGAGAAUACAGUACAAGUCCAGUUCACUGGAGGAGAUUGUGGAAGAGUCUAUGGAAACCUUUGAUGUAAUUGUAGCUUCCGAAGUAGUGGAGCAUGUGGCUGACCUUGAAAUGUUUAUCAAGUGUUGCUCUCAGGUGUUAAAGCCUGAAGGUUCUUUAUUCAUUACGACAAUCAAUAAAACACAAUUGUCCUAUGUCCUGGGAAUUGUGGUUGCAGAAAAAAUAAUGGGGAUUGUACCAGAAGGAACACAUGAAUGGGAAAAAUUUGUUCCCCCUGAAGAACUGGAGCGCCUCCUGGAAUCAAAUGGCUUUUCAGUCAAGACGGUGAAUGGGAUGUUGUAUAAUCCGCUCUCAGGCUCCUGGAGCUGGGUGGAGAGCACGAGCCUGAACUACGCAGUGCACGCAGUCAAGUCUGGAACUUGGGCACAGUCACACACCACAGACACCCCGCCACAGACAGACAUUCAACAGCACUCAGCCACAGCUGGCACAGCUGGCACUGUCCCAGACAGCACUGUCUGACAUGUGUGGUGAUAGACUGUCACCAGAACAGAAAAUGAGCUUUUACUCGGAUGGACACAAUAAAACCUUUGCUAACAACAA